AUGGUCUCGUCGAAAACGGUGAAAGAGUUGGCGGCGUUCGGGGGAUUGUUAGUCACGAUGCACUUAGCCUACUACACGAUACAAAAUAAUCCGAGCAUGGUUCCCCCACACGCGAGACAGGAAUUGUUUUACGUUCGAUGGCUGAAGGAGCAAUUUCCGGCACUAAAACAAUAUGGUGUACAAGAGGAGAAAAAGGAACCACCAAAAGAGCAACAU